AUGGCAGACAACCUUCCCGCCAAACUUGGAGUAAAGUUAUUGGAUUUCAUGUCCAUAAUUGGAUUGUCAAAUGCUGAACUAAGAGCACAUUUUGCAGGCUCUCUCUUAUUAUAACUUUUCUUGGCCAAAAAAGUUAGAACUAAGACAUUUGUUCGACAUUUAGAUACAGUGAAAAAUUACAAAUUGAGAUGGUUGUCUUUUUGCAUCUGGUUGUAGGCUUAAUUAUCAACUGCACACUGUAUGUGCUAGCUUUUGAACAACCGACUUCAAUGAAAGAUGUGAACAACGAAUUUGGUUGUGGUUAAUGAAUUUGCAAGAAUAAAAGUGGAACUUAAGGCAUAUUAUACAGCAGAAUCGAAGACUUGAAUGCGCUCGCUCGUGUUGUUUACACAAGGCAGUAAAGAAGUAAAUUUCAAGUCGCCGAAUAAAUGUGAAAUAUGGAAUAUUCAUUUCUCCAAGAGCGUGGGGUAAAGAUGCAAAACUGAUUCCUCUCAGAGAACACUACUCUUUCUCGAAUUUAAAGUAUUCUGACUGAUUUAACAUUACGCUUACCUAAAAUUUUUAUAGUUUUUUAAACAAAUUGUUAUAAUAUAUUUUAUUGUGCUUUCGGGCUUUGGAAAUAAUCUUGCAUUGGUUUUGAUUCCUUAACUUUUCAGAGUAAAACCAAUGGAGUGGACUAUGGCACGUGACAUUCUGUUAUGUCGAGAAAUGUUGGCAAUCAACCCCUUCAAGGCUAAGGGGAAAACCAUACAAAGAACAAAAAUAUGGGAAACGGUUGUUCAGCACCUUGAAGAAAUUGAAGAACCCCCCUUCAAAAUUACAGUGAGAGCUGUGCGAGACAGAUACUCCCUUUUAUCCAAAAAGUUCAGAAAGCGAAUGGCUAGUGAACAAAAAGCAAGUGGAAUUAGCCCCGAAAUGUCUGAGUUGGACAUCCUUUUGGAAGAAGUCACUGGGGUAGAAGAUCAGUCAGAAGAGGGGAGGCUAAGUGAGAGUGAAGAAAAAAACCAGAAGACUGAGCAAGAUCGAGCUAAAACUGUAGAUAUGAGAAAGAAGGCAGUGGAGAAUUUUUCAGAAGCAACACGCAGAAAGUCCUAG